CCUCAAAUUUCAUCUUUUAAUUUAUUCCAAACCAACUUUAUUUUAAUAUUUUACAUGAUUGUUUUAAUUCUAUACUCCUGCUUGUGUAUUUUUACGUAACGAAUGGCAAAUAAAAGUGCUUUUAUGUUAUCUCUAUGUAUGUUCAAAGUCCAUUUUACGCACAAGAUAAAGGUCCUUGCUUCGACCACAUUCCUUUAAACUUCAGCGCCUGAAAGGAUCAUCAAAAAAUGCUGAAAAUAAUUCGCAACAUUUUAAUUAAGCAGAAGCAUCAUCAGCAUUCUAUACGUUGCUAUGCCGCUAACACUAUUAAAUCUCAAUACAAUGUCGAAUCACCAAACUACAAGAAAAAUUACGAACACAUGUCCAAUUUGGUUAAAACUUUACAAGACAGAACCAAAUCUAUUUUACAAGGUGGCGGAGUAAACGCGGUCAAAAAGCACACAUCUAAGGGAAAACUUUUAGUUAGGGAUAGAAUUAAUCUACUUUUGGAUAAAAAUUCCGCAUUUUUAGAGCUGUCGCCUUUUGCUGGCUUCGAAAUGUAUGGAGAUGAUGUAAUAAAUGCCGGCGGAAUUGUUACAGGGAUUGGAAAAGUUUACGGUAUUGAUUGUAUGAUUGUCGCGAAUGAUGCUACCGUAAAAGGCGGCACUUACUAUCCAGUAACUGUGAAAAAGCAUUUACGUGCACAAGAAAUUGCCCAAGAGAAUAGAUUACCAUGUAUUUACUUAGUGGAUAGCGGCGGUGCCAAUCUACCAAAUCAAGCUGAAGUGUUUCCCGAUAAAAAUCAUUUUGGCAGAAUAUUUUAUAAUCAAGCAAACAUGUCUUCUCAAAGUAUAGCACAGGUGGCUGUGGUAUUAGGAUCGUGCACAGCAGGAGGCGCUUACGUACCGGCAAUGGCAGAUGAAUCUAUCAUUGUAAAACAGCAAGGUACAAUAUUCUUGGCUGGGCCACCAUUGGUGAAAGCAGCUACAGGUGAACAGGUGACUGCUGAAGAAUUAGGAGGUGCGGAUUUGCACUGUUCCACAUCCGGUGUGACAGAUCAUUAUGCAAUCAACGACGAGCAUGGAAUCUUCCUGGCGCGACAAGUAAUAAAAAAUCUUAAUAAACAACCUGUUCAGUUCGAAUCACAUUUUGAACCGCCAAAAUAUGAUCCAGAGGAAUUGUAUGGGAUAAUCGACUCUGAUAUUCGUAAACCGUACGAUAUUCGAGAGGUUAUCGCACGGGUAUUUGACGGAUCGGAAUUUGACGAGUUCAAGAAAAAGUACGGGGAAACAUUAGUUUGUGGAUUUGCCUCACUAUACGGGAAAACCGUAGGUGUUAUAGGAAAUAAUGGAGUUUUGUUUUCUGAAAGUGCAUUGAAAGGAUGUCACUUUGUUCAGUUAUGCACACAACGUAACAUACCAUUGAUAUUCCUUCAAAACAUAACAGGUUUCAUGGUUGGAAGGCAAGCUGAAGCGGGCGGAAUUGCUAAAAAUGGAGCUAAACUGGUAACUGCAGUCGCAUGUGCAAGUGUUCCCAAGAUCACACUCUUAAUUGGAGCUUCUUACGGUGCUGGAAACUAUGGUAUGUGUGGCCGAGCAUACUCUCCAAGGUUCUUAUACAUGUGGCCAAAUGCAAAAAUUGCAGUAAUGGGCGGACCACAGGCGGCAGGGGUAUUAUCUCAAGUUGCAAUGGCUUCGCGUCGUCAACAGUGGGCACAAGACAAGAUUGAUGAAUUUGAAAAGCCAAUUAUAGAUCAAUUUGAAUACGAGUCUUCACCUUACUACAGUAGUGCAAGAUUAUGGGACGAUGGUAUUAUCGACCCGAAAGACACACGGAGAGUUUUAGGAUUGAGUUUGGCAGCUACACUAAACAGCAAUGAAGUACCAACGAAAUUUGGAAUUUUCAGGAUGUGAUAAAAUGUGAAAUAAAAUUUAAUCAAACAUA